AUGGAGAUCCCAGAAGUCAGCAUGUUUCAUGAUGAACCAUCACAUGACCAGGUUGAGGAUAUGUGCCAGACAAGAUACUGUGCAUGUAAUUACUAUGGAGCUGCCAGGACUAUCCUUUCUGAUAACCCGCUCGGCUUGACAUGUGGAAUGGUAUGCCCAACGUCAGACCUUUGUGUAGGUGGAUGCAAUUUAUAUGCAACAGAGGAAGGUCCAAUUAACAUUGGCGGACUUCAGCAGUUUGCAACUGAGGUUUUUAAAGCAAUGAAAGUACCUCAGAUAAGAAAUCCUACUCUCCCUCCUGUUGAAGAUAUGCCCGCAUCAUACAAGACAAGGAUUGCUCUUAUUGGUGCUGGACCUGCCAGCAUCAGCUGUGCCUCCUUCUUAGCUCGGCUUGGAUAUUCUGAUAUUACUGUAUUUGAGAAACAGAAUUAUGCUGGAGGGUUAAGUGUUUCAGAAAUCCCUCAGUUCCGUUUGCCAUAUGAUGUUGUCAGUUUUGAAAUUGAGCUGAUGAAGGACCUCGGUGUUAAGGUAAUUGAGGGCAAGGGCCUAGGAAUGCAUGGAAUGAAUAUAAGAUCUCUGAAGGAAGAGGGCUUUGCUGCAAUAUUCAUCGGCAUUGGACUGCCAGAACCUAAGGUUGAUGACAUCUUUAAAGGUCUUACAACAGGACAAGGCUUCUUUACAUCAAAAGACUUCUUACCACUAGUAGCUAAAGCAAGCAAACACGGGAUGUGUGCCUGUCACUCUCCACUGCCGUCCAUAAAGGGAGCUGUUAUCGUGCUUGGAGCCGGAGACACUGCUUUUGACUGUGCAACUUCGGCAUUGCGAUGUGGCGCUCGCAGAGUCUUUGUAGUCUUCAGAAAAGGAUUCACGAACAUACGUGCUGUUCCUGAAGAGGUGGAGUUAGCCAAAGAGGAACAGUGUGAAUUUCUCCCUUUCUUGUCACCUCGCAAAGUCAUCAUAAAAGAUGGAAAUAUAAGUGGCAUGGAAUUUGUUCGUACAGAACAGGAUGAGGAUGGAAACUGGAUUGAAGAUGAAGAUCAAGUUGUCAAGAUAAAAGCAGAAGUCGUCAUCAGUGCCUUUGGGUCUGUACUAAGCGAUCCCACAGUUACUGAAGCCAUGAAACCAAUCAAGUUUAACAGAUGGGGUUUACCUGAUAUUAACUCAGAGACAAUGCAAACCAGUGAGCCUAGUGUAUUUGCUGGAGGGGAUAUCGGAGGUUUAGCAAAUACAACUGUUGAAUCAGUUAAUGAUGGAAAACAAGCAUCUUGGUACAUUCACAAAUAUAUACAGGAAUUUCAUGGAACAUCAGUUGGUGAUAAGCCACAGUUGCCAUUGUUCUAUACUCCAAUUGAUAUGGUGGAUAUCAGUGUGGAAAUGGCUGGACUGAAGUUUCUUAACCCUUUUGGACUAGCAAGUGCUCCACCCACUACAAGCGCUCCUAUGAUACGCAGAGCCUUUGAAGCAGGAUGGGGAUUUGCGUUAACAAAAACAUUUUCCUUGGAAAAGGAUAUAGUGACAAAUGUUUCCCCAAGAAUCAUCCGAGGAACAACAUCUGGCCACAUGUAUGGUCCUGGCCAGGGGUCCUUCUUGAAUAUUGAACUCAUUAGUGAGAAGACUGCUGCUUACUGGUGCAAAUCUACCACUGAAUUGAAGAAGGACUUUCCCAAACAUAUUCUCAUUGCGAGCAUAAUGUGCAUCUACAACAAAGAUGACUGGAUCACACUAUCACAAAUGGCUGAGGCUUCAGGAGCAGAUGCCCUAGAGUUGAACCUUUCUUGUCCUCAUGGAAUGGGGGAAAGAGGCAUGGGUCUUGCUUGUGGACAGGAUCCAGAACUGGUGCGUAACAUCUGCCGCUGGGUUAGACAAGCUGUCAGAAUUCCUUUCUUUGCCAAGCUGACCCCUAAUGUCACAGAUGUUGUACAGAUUGCAAGAGCUGCUCAAGAAGGUGGUGCAGAUGGUGUAACUGCAACUAAUACAGUCUCAGGACUGAUGGGGCUGAAGGCGGACGGAACACCAUGGCCUGCAGUUGGAAAAGGAAGUAGGACCACAUAUGGUGGUGUGUCUGGGAAUGCCAUCAGACCUAUUGCUCUUAGAGCAGUUUCUGUGAUUGCCCGUGCUCUUCCUGGGUUUCCUAUUCUUGCUACUGGUGGAAUUGAUUCGGCCGAGAGUGGUUUGCAGUUUCUUCACAGUGGAGCUUCAGUUUUGCAGGUGUGCAGCGCCAUACAAAAUCAAGACUUUACACUGAUUGAUGAUUACUGUACUGGUCUAAAGGCACUUCUCUACCUGAAGAGCAUUGAAGAGCUCCAAGACUGGGAUGGACAGAGUCCACCAACCAUACAACACCAAAAAGGAAAACCAAUCCCCAAAAUCUCAGACAUUGUUGGAAAGAAACUUCCAAGUUUUGGACAAUUUUUGGAAGAACGUAAGAAAAUCAUAGCUCAGAACAAGGUCAAAUUGCUUUCAGAAAAAUCAGCUCUUCCUGCAGAAGAAAAGCAUUUCCUGCCAAAGAAACCUGUGCCAGCACUCAAGGAUGUAAUUGGCAGAGCACUGCAGUACAUUGGAUCAUAUGGUGAACUGAACAUAAGGGAACAAGUUGUUGCUCUUAUUGAUGAGGAAAUGUGUAUUAAUUGUGGAAAAUGCUACAUGACCUGCAACGACUCUGGUUACCAGGCUAUCGAGUUUGAUCCUGUGACCCACCUUCCCACUGUCAAUGACAGCUGUACUGGUUGUACUCUGUGCUACAGUGUAUGCCCUAUUAUCGACUGCAUCACGAUGGUUGCUAGGACAACACCUUAUGAACCAAAGAGGGGCCUUCCCUUAUCUGUAAAUCCAGUGUGCUGAGGUGAUUAGUUCAACAAUGAGACAAAUAUUACUUAUACCACUGAUGACUUACUGUGUUAUUAUGAUACAUUAUUUGAAAUCUAGUCAUGUUAUGGAAAUGAUAAAA